AUGGUUCCAAAGCUGCUCGAUUCCCAACUUUGUCUGCUUCUCCUGCUGGGGCUCAUGGGAAUGGUGGGCUCCUUCCAUGCCGCACCUCCUGGUUUAACCUUGGCUGGGUGGUUUGAAAUCCAGCACAUACAUCGGACCCACAUCCGAUGCGAUAAUGCAAUGCGAGUAGUUAACAGUUACACAGGACAAUGCAAAGUCCAGAAUACUUUUCUUCAUACAGCUUUCGCUAAUGUAGUUAAUGUUUGUCAUACCCAAAAUAGAACCUGCCAUACAAGCAGAAGUACAAAUUGUCAUAAAAGUUUCGUCCCGGUGUCUUUAACCUAUUGUAUCCUCAAAAUUCCACGGGCUUCUGUUGCAAACUGCAGAUAUAGACAGAUACCAGAAUGGAAGUUCUAUAUGGUUGCUUGUGACAGAAGAUCUCCAGAGGACAAUCCCAGAUAUCCAGUAGUUCCAGUUCACUUGGAUGCAACCCUCUAUGGUGCUGUGUCGGCACUUCAUGUCAUAGUUCCUCUGCCAAACUUCACAAUCACAGCCAAGAUGUCAUCCCUCCAUGCACCCUGAGCAUCAGCAUCUGUCCUCUCAGUCUACAAACUCCUUGAAGCUUUCCUGAACUCAUGGGCCUUUUGGACCUUCCAAUAAACUUCU